AUUUGAAUUUUGUCGAACGAAUAUAGUACACAGUGCUAAAAGUGCUCUAGACUCUGUCUGCCGUAUUUUAUUAUAUCUUUACUGUGAGGACCUGCAACUGAAAGAAUCGCAAUGGCGACUGAAACUUUAAUUCCAUUAGAAUCAAACCCUGACGUAAUGAAUAAGUUUCUUCAAAAAUUAGGAGUUCCUAGUCAAUGGAGUAUUGUCGACGUUAUGGGGCUUGAGCCAGAGAUGUUAUCCUGGGUUCCUCGCCCUGUGUUAUCGGUUAUGCUUCUCUUUCCUAUAACUGAUGCUUAUGAAGAACAUAAACAAAAAGAAGAAAGCGAUAUUUUAUCCAAAGGUCAAGAAGUUUCUAAUAACAUUUUCUACAUGAAGAAAUUCUUAGAUGAAGCCAAAGAUAUGGAUGCUCCUGCUAGAGGAAAAUUAUUAGAAAAGUCUGAUGGUAUUAUUCAAGCCCAUAAGGAAUUGGCUCAAGAAGGCCAAACUAACACACCCAGUGCUGAAGACCCAGUGAAUCACCACUUUAUUACUUUUGUACACAAGGAUGGCUUUUUGUAUGAAUUGGAUGGACGUAAAGCUUUUCCAAUUAAUCAUGGACCCACUACUCCCGAUUCUCUACUAGAAGAUUCUGCCAAGAUUUGCAAGGCCUUUAUGGCUCGUGAUCCUAAUGAAGUACGUUUUACGGUGAUUGCCCUGGCUGCUUCUGACUAAGUGCCACUCUGUAGAUUGGAGAAACACUACAGCAAUAUGCAAGCUGCAGCCAUAGUGAGCCGUGCUUUUAUACUGAAGCUUAAUAUUCUCAUGUUUGAUACAAAAAGGUGCAAUGCAAGCUUUUGUGAUACUAUAAAGUAUUUAUUUUGAAAUAGAUGUCUUAAUAAAUUUGUCAAAAAAUUUAACUUUUUUCAUUGAUUCAUCCUUAUAGUUGAAUAACUCGUUAACAAAUUGAAUCCAG